CAUUCUGCUACUCAAGUCAGCUGAACAAUGCAUUUUAUUUAUUUAUCGUAAAAACGAAAUUCUAAUCAGAAUCUUGGUCCCGUUGUUGUUUAUUCACUUCUUGAUAUUACAAAUGUAAAAUUCUUUAUUCAAAUUCACUUUGAGCGUGUUUGUGUGGUGCGUGCUCUGUGGAUUGGUACCAUUGUUUUUUUUUCUCGCAAGAAUUCGUUGAAAAAUGUUUGGAAGGCCGAGAUGUCGAGAGUGGACUCCACUUGCUACACAACAACUGCGGCUUCGAAGCUUGAUUCAGAUUGUGGGCUACAAUAUAAGGCCGCCUGAGUGGUGUACAUCUCCAUGCAGUUUCUAUUUAACUCUGCAUCACACCACAAUGUCAGCACCGUUUUAUACAAGCGAGAGGAUUUGCUCGCCACACCCAAAAUGGAAGGAAAUCGACUCAGAAUCAACGCAACGUAUGUCGUCAACGAACGUCGUCAUACGAAUUUGGUGUCAUAUCAUUCAUACUAACGAAGAAAGUAAUAAACUACCACAAGAUACCGUCAUUCAAACAUGGGGGGUCUAUUUCAGUGGUCUUAGAUAUAUCGGGGCGAAUCUAGCCUCGAAUUUCACUUCAGACUGCUUCAAAUGUAACACUUUAGUCCUACAAAUGCAUGGAGGAUACUUCUGCUCAUACAAAAGUCUAAAAUUAGAUGUGAUACCACCAGAAAACGAAAUAGAACACGGUUCAUUAUCUUCGGAUUCUUCUGAAAGGACCAAUCUUUCAAAAAUCAAUUUAGAUGCUAAACAUAUAUUGAGUAAUAAGCUAGGAAAAGAAUCGAGGUCCAUUUCUCCUAAUAAAUUUUCUAAGAAGGCUGAUAAAGAGUAUUCGAAAAGUCACAGUCCAAUAGAGAGGGGUUUUCAUCAAAAUUUUCCAACAUUAAGAACAUCAGCUAGCUUAAAUAUUGGACAAAGUCAAAGAGACUAUUACAGGCGAAGAGAAGAAGAUUCGGAACAAGGCAAAGGCGAUCCAAAGCCACCGAAUCAUAUAUACGAACAUUCGCCUGACAAUUUAGAUGUUAAAGAGUAUGCAAGCGUAAACUGUGAUAUUGCGUUUAAGAACGCGUCUAAAGAAGAUUUGUCUUGUAACAUAGACUUAAGUGAAACAGCAGAGAACUACGACUUGAGAAACGAAGCCGAUGGGGUUCCUAAGUAUAGAUAUUUGGCUCUGAACUUUCUCAAGUCUGAAAUAAGACCAAGUUAUAACGCGACGAAGUUGCAGAAGCUACAUUUGUUGCAAUAUUCUAUCAAGAAGAGACAAGAGGCUGUUCAGGAGAUCAAGGAGAGGAUUUAUAAGAAGUCUGCCUUAACCAACGAUGAUUGGCCGACUUUAGACGAAUAUUGUGACAUCAGACUAAAGUUUAAGAGUAGAUCUCAAAGGAAUUUAUUCUCUCCGGAUGAUAGUGAUAGCUUAAGUAAAGAUAAGUCUUCGUCACAAAGCGAUCUGAGUGUGAAGAAUGGAAAGAUUAAGGAGGACCGACCUGUCGUGUCCAAUGGACCGAGGUUGACCCUAAAAUUGAAUGAUCUCUUAUCUUUUAAGGCAAAACCUUCGCCCUUCCAGAGGGCAGAACACGUAAGGCUGACAAAACAACUGGAGAUUCUACGAUUCAAGCGGAUCAUACUAUCAGAUGAAAGAGAUAGCAAGCUCACAAACAUAAGGAAACUGAAAGAGAGGCACGCUAAACUGUUUGAAGAAAACCAGGAUGUCGGUGAGUGGACAGAACUGAUGCAGAACUACCACUCUCUAUCUCGUCGGAAUGAGAGUGUGAAAGAGACUCGCCAGGCUUGUGGAGCCAUACGCGAGCUGGCCGCGUCCUCGCACCAUGCGUUAUGUACGCAAAGAACUGAACUUCUUCGACAGUUACAUCAAAUAUUUUAUAUUGAACAGUAUUAUCACCAACAGAAAGACCAAACAACGUGGACUAUAUGCGGGGUUCCCUUACCAGUGUGUGGUGAUGAGAGUCCUCGAGGAACACCCCUCAGUGACUCAGUGGCCACUGGGUUUGUAGCCCAGGCCACUUGUUUGGCGGCCUCACUGUUAAACCAGCCACUGAGGUACAAAAUCACACUGUUGGGAUCAGCCAGCAAGAUAUUGGAUGUCACUCCUGAUUUACCUGAUCCGAACAUAGCACUGUUCCCCCGCGGCGGAGACACGACACUAUUCCGCUACGGUUUGUUCCUCCUCAACAAAUGCAUUGGACAACUUGUAGUUGGUCGAGGACUACCCUUAUCAGACAUACGGCCUACUCUCUCCAAUCUACAGCGAUUACUCACUACACCUGCUAGCAUGUCGGACACCACAAAGUUGUAUGGCCCGUACAGAUGGCUGGUGGAUAGCCAAUGCCCUCGUACUCAAUCUCUAAGGAGUCUUGUUGCUACGGAGAGGUGUAAAUAUAGACAGUUUAAUAGGUUUAAGGACGCCGUAGACGGCCAGUCUCCACAAUCGGCGAUGAACAAGAGACACAGGCAUUCACGCAGCGUGGGCAGUUACCAGGACGAUCAGGAGCUGCCAACAUUAGAAGACUCAACAACAUCAAUAAUGGGAAGCGAACCAAACAUAUACAACAUGAAACUAAAACAAGACGACAACAUAGACACACAAGGUCUAAAAUCCCAUAACUCAGAUUCCGAAAUACUGAGAUUUAACACCGAACAAAGCCAAUCAAAAGUCCUAUUUACAUUAGGCGGCGAAUCAACAAUCGACCUUAAUGGUAAACUAGUUCGAAUGUCGACUAAUAACCAGGAUGAAAUGGAUGAAAGUGUGAAGAAAAUUUGUUCAGAAAUCAGUGAUUUUUGUUCGACUGAAAGAGUUCAUGAAGGAUUAGAUAUCGCUAAGCACUUGAGUGAUGAUACUAUAAAUAUAGCUGAAUAUUUGGAGGCUAAAGGUACUGUGGAUGAUUGCGAUCCAACUUGCGCUGAAGUUAUCGUAAUACCUAGCGCGGAAGCCAUCUUGGACACGGGACAAGAGGUUAGAGAAAUUGAGGAAGAAAAAAAAUAAGAGUCGAAAUGCUGUUGAUUGAAAUUGAACCUUAUGAAGUAUGAGUCGUACUAAAUAAAUAUUUGUAUGUUGCAAGUUAUUACACUGCCAAUUUUAAGACAUAAUAUUGCAUGUUAAUCGUCAAAAGGGUGGUUGUUCUAACAGUUAUCGAGUUUUGCCAGGUAUAUAAGUAGUAUUGUAUUAGGGCUAUUCAAAUGUCACAUUCAUAAAUGUGAUCUACAUACAUCCAAGAUCGUCUUGUGGUUGAUAUGAUGGUGAGGAAUAAGGUUUUAAAUCACAUGAUAAACGCAAACCCACGUAGCUCAACUACAGAAAAUGCUAAUGUAAUACUUUGCCCAAUUUUGUUGCCUAUACUCAACGCAUUAAGGUCAAUAGUCGAAUGAAGUAUAAAAAUAUGGAAAAUCCAAAUUUAUAAAAGAAGUUACAAUUUCAACCAAUGGCUGCCUUGUAAAUAAUACUUUUUGUAUGUUCGUCGUAAUGAAAAUUAUUUAUAUAAACUUCAUAUUAUACUUAAUCCCUUGUAUUGUUAACGGAUGAAAUAAUAUAAAUAUUAAAUUAAAUAAAUACAUAAAUUAUUGUGUGAUUCUUGUUUCAUGUUUAUUUGUUAAUCUCAGAUUGUUUUGUUGAAAUAGGGAUGGGAUGGAGAGUUAUCGAUAGUUGAGGUUUAAGGGCAUCGCUAGAGGAUAAUUAAGGUUAUACUUGUGUACCUAAAAGUAUUCCUAUCGCUACAGUGAUCAUUAAAAUACAGAGAGACACAACUUCUACAAUUUCAGUGAAACAAUACAUUUUUCUUGUAACUCGUAUAUCGAGUUUGUGAUUUCGUUUGCAACAUUCAUCCUUUUAAUGCAUAUUGGAACACAAAGAAAUGUGAUUCACGUAAAAUGUAAUGAAGUUGCCACAUUAGUCAUAUUGUGCCGACUCUAUUUAACUCAGGUAAGGGACAAUAACAUUAAUAAAAUGUAAGUUCUUUUUCCAAUGAUGUUAUAGACGCCAAAAGAGGAUCUUUUGGCGUCUUCUGAGUAACUAUAACUUAUUAGUUAUUCUUAGUAACUGCUUCUCUGUUUAAUUUAAGAAUUUAAAUCGAUUUUCGAUAUGCUCACAAUAAAAGUUCAUCGAAAAAUGUAUCGAUUUUGACCGUUGGGCUACAUGGAGCAUUUCAUAGUUUAAAGAAAAUUCAUUAAAACUAACUAAUUAGAAAAUAAAAGCCGUACUAGUUGAGCCUUUUAUCAUGCUACGGGCACAAAUUUAGACUGACCAACUAAGGAAUUUGAGUAAGGAACUUAAUUUUUAGCUCAACUCUAAUGUCAAACCAAAACAUGAUGCUCAGUAAUGCCACUUAGACUAAAAUCAGUCAAA